ACGUGGUUUUCGCGGCACUGCGUUGCUCUGGUCCAAGUUUCGUCCCCCUCAUAAGUUGCUGACGCUCCAUCCGACAAAUUCCUAGGCGAUACCUCAUUCACUGACCAACUAUGGCGGUUCUUUCGUCGCCUCUCCUCUUCAUUUCAUCAAUUCCUAUCGUGACACGGUCGUUUACUGCGGUGACUGUCAUAUUCUCCCUGUUUUACGCCUGGCUGCGAUGGAAAGAUGUUGGUUCAACGCCGUAUUUGACUCUUAUUCCUGGAUCAAGUAUCUUUUAUCCCUGGACAUUCGUAACGUCGGCUCUAGUUGAGACGAGCAUCUAUGAGUUUGUGGUCACAAUCAUCUUCGUGCCCGCAUCCUUGAAAUAUCUUGAACGGCUAUGGGGAAGCAUCGAGACACUCAAGUUUAUUGUAGUCUCUGUUGGAGUGUCGAAUAUCAUCGGUUUUGCAUUCAAUUGGAUGGAGUUCGUUGCCACGAAGAAUGCGGACCUCUUUCUAUAUGGAAUGGAGUAUCAUGGCCAGAUGUCCUUGCAAAUUGCACUCCUUGUUGCAUUCACGCAGUUGAUACCUGAGCAUCAGGUUCAGGUUAUGGGUGUGCUUAAAACCCGUGUCAAGAACCUUCCUAUGGCCUACCUGACUCUGUCCACCGUCAUGACUAUCAUCGGGUUUCAAUGUCCCUGGAUAAUCAUUCAGUUUGGUUGGUAUGUCAGCUGGGUGUAUCUCCGCUUUUACAAGAAGAAUACUAGCGAUACUGUUGGUGGAGCCGACACAUACGGUGAUAGAAGUGAAACAUUUUCCUUGGUGUCUUGGUUUCCUCCAUUCUUGCAUUACCCACUUACUCUACUCGGAAACUUCGUGUUUUCCACAGCCAACCGUUUCCAUCUUAUACCCAUAACUCAUGGAGACCUGGAAAGCGGAUUAUAUAGCCAAGUACCUGGGAGUGCUAGAGCUGAAGCUGAGAGGAGACGUGCCAUGGCCCUGAAGGCUCUUGAUCAAAGGUUAGCAAAUACCUCUUCUCCAGUCGGCUCCACAUCCGCAGAUGGAGUUGCACUUCAAACUCCUCGGCCCCCUCCGGCCGCUGCUCUUUCUCGAGGGGACGGUAUUGCUAUGCCCUCACCUCCCUCAAAAGACCAUUUCAAUGGCAAAAAGAAUGUCGGGGAAUCCGAUAUAGGUGAUCCGAGCCAAAUGGAUGGUCGGUAGAGCUCUGCAUGGAUUUUCCCUUUCUCGCUGUACAUCUUCGAAAACAUUUACGCUAGUGCACUUGUCUACGUCUUACCUAUUUUAUGUUCACGAACUCGUCUGAAGAAAUCAUUCUUCCAAUGCUCCAG